GCCGGAGCAUCUUUCCGGGUCUGCUGUAAUUUAUGGAAAUUGGUUUCUGACGUGGGGCUUUUUCUGUUAUGACAGGGACCCACCGACUGGAGGAGGCAGAGCUGCAGUCAGGGCAGUAGAAGAGAGGGAGAGGAAGCGGUGGGGAGCAGAGGGACACCGGGAGAGUGGAGAGGACACAGGGAGAAAAAGGCACAGAGACACUUCAGAGAUGGGUGAGUUAUAACUAAGAGAGCCGGAAGAAAGGCAGAGAAAGGGAGACAAAGAGAGCUGUGGGGAAGGGAAAGGAGAUCAGAGACUGAGCCUCAGGAGGGCAAACACCAGGAGACAAGUGCAGGGAACACCCCAGCACACCAAGAAGGACCUGUUCUAUCUGAAUCUUCACCAUGAGCACAAGGAACAGCUGCCCCCUGCCACUGGGGCAAGGAGACCGGGAGGAAAAGCAGAUUGAGGGUACUCCUGACCUGGAGCGACAGGAGAGUGAGGUGGAGCUGAGGAAUAAAGCUAUUCUGCAACAGAAGAGGCGCCUUAAACAGGCCACCCAGUUUGUGCACAAGGACUCUGCUGACCUGCUGCCCCUGGACGGCUUGACAAGGCUUGGUACCUCCAAGGAUCUGCAGCCACAUAGUGUGGUCCAGCGGCGCCUCUUGGAAGGCAAUCUGAACAAACUGCGGGGCGAGACCAGGGUUCAGUCUGCACGGGUACAAUCUCCGCUGGCAAAAGACCAGGAUGAAAAGAUGGAAAAGGGAGAGGACAGGAGAAAAAAGACUUCAUCUCUGCUAAUACAGUGCCAGUGCCAAGGCCAGGUAUUGAAAGCGACUGUUAACACUGGGUGUCUACCAAAUCUCAUCUCCAAGAGCUGUUUAAACCAGCUGGGGCUGGAAGAAGUGUCUGCCAUGGACUGUGGAGACCCCUCUCUUCCCAUCCCCAGCGUUGUUGGCCGAGUAGAACAUAUGGAAAUGCAAUUUGGCCAGAAGACAGUGCUGUGUUCAGCACUGGUUGUAGAUGAUGAAAUGAUGGAGUUUUGCAUUGGUCUCCAGACUCUGUUGUCUCUCAAGUGUUGCAUCGACUUGGAGGAAGGAGUCCUGAGAUUUAAAGCACUGAGUCAAGAGCUGCCUUUUCUACACGCCUCUGAAGAGCCUGGUCAGUGACUGGCUGCAUUCCCCAUGUUGGGGGCUGAGUAGACUUGCUGCUAUGAGAGAGAGAUGAGGGUGAGGCUCACAUGCCCCUAAACUUGCUGAGUUCUAGGCUGAGGCAUUCACUGGGGAGUGAGAAAAAGGCAAAUGGGUGCUGGAAGCUGUUGUUACUGGGAGUGCCUCAUCUUGAGAGAUAUCCCGCCUUUCAGUGGGCCCUCUUGCUUGUCCCCAUGUGCUCAUUGGGCAUUUUGUUCUUGUUUUUCUAUCUGUCCCUAGUCACUUCAAUUUCUGGUUCUGUACUAAAUUCACUCUACCCUUUUAAUGACUCAUUUUUACAAUACCCUCUGUUCAUGACACGAGAGUCUCUGUGAACAAUCUCCAGUUGUUCUGUGGACAGGAGAACAGCACUUUCUCCAAAAGCCUCCAAAGAUUGCCAUGAAUAUUUUCCUUCUCUUUGCCUCAAUGUGAGUGGACUCCAUCCCCUUUCUUUGUGGGAAGGGAUCUGUGGCCAGUACCCGCACCUGUACUCUGGGAAGCUGGAUUUUGUUACUUUUUUCCUGUCUCAGAGCAGAACAGAAGUAUUUUCUUGGAAAAACCUUGCAGGAAGAACACUUUUAGAGUUCUUAAUUCUAAGAAACCUUUGCAGAAAUACUGAGCAUAGAUGCCUAGAGUAUGGUGGACACUCACAGGGGUUUGGGCUUUGCCACUGCAUCCUUGGCCACUAAGCUAUAUUAUAUGAAUGGCAAUGCUUAUCAUCUCUUGGUGUUACACAUAGUAACCAGACUUGCACACCCUGUUCUUCUGAGCAGGCCUGUCCUCUCUGCACUGCAGCUGGUAGAGCUACAUUCCUAUCACCUCUGCUGCAUCAUCAGAGAUCCUGCCACUCAGUUUAAAUGCUGUGAUGAAUUACAGCACCCAGGGUCUUCUGCUCUGUCAGCUCCUUUCUUUCAACUUGAGAUCUAGUGAUUGGACACAAAUACAUCAUCAGCCUCAAGUCCCAGCAUCUCACAGCCCAUCAACUUUGCUAGUCCUGCAUGAAACAAGAACUAGAUUUCCUUGCAGUAUCAGCUCAGGUCAGAGAACUGUGAACUCAUCUGGGAUGACCAGGGUGAUUAUUAAAUCACUGAAUUGUUGCGGUUUUUUGAAGUUUGUGGUUUUUUGUUGUUUUUUGUUUUUUUUUUUAAUUUGCGUCCUAGAGCACAGCUGUAUGAUAAAUACAUAGUCUAUUCUUUACUAGCUCUAGGAAAGAUGCACCGGAUCAGGGCUUGUUCCAUGCCUCAUGACUACUGAUUCACUAUCCAAACUCUGCACAAGGUCCUUUUGUCCACCCUUAGAAUCUCAUGACAUCCCUAUUUUGCCUGACUUCCUGGAUUAAACACUGCUGGCACUCUUCCUUUUUUAUCAAACCACUUAUUGUUUCUGUUGUGCUUCUCAAACAACUUGUGUAUCUAUUUUUGCUUUUACCUGUUAGUUCUUUCCUAAAUCAGAGGGUGUAUGCUGUAAUUCAACACAUGCUAAGGACAGCAGAGUACAGCCUGGCUGAUAUAAUUUGUGAUGCACUUACCAAUGUCAGUUGGUGUGACAGGCAUCUGCUUGUUCUGUAAGCAGCAUCAGGCUGGUGACUUUUAUUGUUAGUCAUCAUAUCUUGAAGCCUCUGAUCUGUUCCUUGGCUUCUUUGCCAUUUUUCUACUGUGCAUCUGAUUAUUUCUGGCUGCAUGAACUGCUUUCCAUGAAUCUCCUGAAUGACACCGACAGUUUUCUCAUUUAUGUCAGGACCCAUGUCUACUCGAUGAGCCUGUCUUCCAAAGUACUAGUAAUUCCUCCUGGAUUUGUAUCACUUGCAUGUCUGACUGGCUUCUCAAACCGAAGGGUCUUUAAUGACAGUUCAAACUUGUACAAAACCAUCCUGUGUGUCAGCUGUAAUCUACAUGGUACCUGGGUCAACUCUGCUGAAAAAAUCUUGUGAUAGAUGAAACAUCUGUUCCUCCGUGCAGCAAUUCGCCUAGUUUCCAACUCUCAUUGCCCUCUAAAAACGGCAUGUGGAACGACGGCAAAUAAUCUGCUAAAUCUGAUAAAUACCAUUUCAAUUACAUCCCUUAUUAUUCAUUAAAUUUUAUGAUCUAUUUAAAAGAACCCAACAAACCUUAAACCCAAACUCUAAAUAGUAAAGCUAACUAUAGCCCUAACCCAAACCCUAAAUCCUAACCCAAAUCUAAUCCUUAAACCUAACCCUAACCUAAAACUUAACCCCUAAACCUAAGUCUAACCCCUAAACCUAAUCCUAAACCCUAAUCCUAACCUUAACCCCAACCCUAAAACAUUAGCCACUAAUCAUAAAUCCUAACCCUCAACAUAGCACCCAAAGUCUAACGUGCUCUCACUCCCUAAAUCUAACCACCAAAUCCUAACCCCAAAAUUUAAAGCUAAUCCUAAACAUGUUAAAACCCAACCCCAAAAUCUGACCCUAAUACCCAAUCCUAACCCUAAACUCUAACAACUAACCUUAAAUCUAUCCCUAAACCUAACCCUAACCACUAAAGCUGACCCUAAACAUGAAACCUUAAUAUGAACCCUAACCCAUAAUCCUGACCCUAACCACUAGUCCUAAUCCCUACACCAAACCCUGAAUAUUAACAAUAAACUUAAGUAAACCCUCUAACCACCAAACUCUCACCUUGUAAACAUAACCCUAAUCCCAAACCCUAAACCUAACCUAAACACUGACUCCUGACCCUAAAACCUAAACCCAGCUGUAAUGCUAACCCAAACUCUGGCCCUAUCCCUAACCCUAAAUCAUAACCCUAACUCCAUAAUUCUAAUGCUAACUGUAUAACUAACCUUAACAUUAAAAUAAAAUCCAUAACCCCACUAUAAGCCUAACCUCUAACCCCUAACCCUAAACCCUAAUGCUGACACUAACUCUAACCCUAAAUCUAAUGCUAACCAUAACCCUAACCCAAACUGUUACACUAAUCAUAAACCCUAACCCUAAACCCUAACGCAGACCUAAACCCUAACCCUAACCCUAACACUGACACUAAUGCCCAAACCCUAACAAUAAACCUAUCCCUAACCCUAUCCCAUACUCUAACCAUAACCCUAAUAUCUCUAACACUAACCCCCAACACUGAACCAUAAUGCUGAUCCUAAACCUAACCCUAACCUGUACUCUAACUGUAACGCUAAACCUAACCCUAACCCUAUCUCUAACCCUACAUCUAACCCUAAACAUAACCUAAUACUAACCAUGACUCUAAAGAAAUCCCUAACCCUAAACUCUACCCCAACCUUAAACCAAAUCCCACUAAUCCUAACCAUAACGCUAAACCUAUCACUAAACUUAGACCUAACCCUAACCCCCAAACCCAAACACUAGCCCUAUGCCAUCCCUAAUCUUAACCCUAACUCCAAUCCUAACAUUAACCCUAAUGCUGACCCUAACCCUAAACCUAUGCCUAAUGCUAACCCUAACACUGGCACUAAAACUAACCCUAACACUAAAACUAACCCUAAACCCUAACUCUAACCCUA